UGAGUCCAUAUGUUUGCAUCUCAAAGAGCACACUCUUGAUCAGUUGAGCUCUGCCACUGUAUGAUAGAAAUUUUGUGGACCAGCAUCUGAUUCUAGCAAUCAUUUUCGUCUAUUGUUAUGUGCACGAGAUAGCAAAAUUCAAUGUCACAAGAGGGUAUAUUAGGAAAAACAUAGAAAAUUUAACAUAUAAACUAGUUUUGUUACAAAAAUAACUAUAUAAGGGAGGUUAGUGUAUCAUGUGAAAUCAUAAGGGAGGUAAGUGUUAUUAAGGCAAAACUAGAAGGAGGUCUAUGAAAUUAUACUUUUUUUAAACAAAGAACAGAGAAAAACAUCAAUACGAAAGGAAAUUCUUCCAUAAUAAUCACAAAUUUAAAGGGUAUUUUUAGUAUGUUACUCCCAACCACAAGAUUUAAAUAUCUUCUUUACCUCAGAUGUUUUCUCUACAUUGUUUCUUAAUGUCAAGGUAUAAAACCAUCUCAUUCACUUCUACUUCUAAUUACGUUCAUUCAUAAGCAUUAUUUGCUUUCUCCUUCGAAAACCUCCUUUCUUUCGCUUUAAGAAGAAGAAAAUAAUAACAAUGUCGUUCAAGAGGAUAGCAUUAACUUUUGUGUUGGCUUUGCUAGCAGUAUCGUGUACAACUCAUGUUCUCGGUGUUGGAGAUGCACUAAUUGUCAAUAUGACAAUACUCCAAAGCGCAACUGCCCAAGGCGCAGUAUGCCUAGAUGGAAGUCCACCAGCAUAUCAUUUGGAUAGGGGACAUGGUAGCGGAGUUCGCAGCUGGAUUAUCUUCUUGGAGGGAGGCGGCUGGUGCAACAAUACUGCAGAUUGCCUUUAUCGUUCAACUAUGCACUUAGGUUCUUCCAAGCAGAUGAAUCAACAGUCUAAUUUUACUGGGAUACUUUAUAAUAGAUUCGAAGAUAAUCCAGAGUUUUACAAUUGGAAUAGGGUGAAGGUGAAAUAUUGUGAUGGUUCAUCUUUCACUAGCGAUGUUGAACAAGUUGACACAGAGAACAAGCUGUAUUUUAGAGGGGCAAGAAUAUUUAAGGCUAUUAUGGAAGAUUUAUGGAGCAAAGGAACAAAAAAUGCUGAAAAUGCAAUCCUGACCGGAUCUUCAGCAGGAGGGUUGGCUACAAUUUUGAACUGUGAUAAGUUCAAAUCUCUCUUGCCGAAUGUUGCCCGAGUUAAGUGUGUUGCAGAUGCAGGAUUCUUCCUUGAUGGGAAAACAAUCGCUGGUACUUCAUAUAUUGAAGAGACAUAUCGGAGUAUUGUUAACCUACAUGGAUCCGCUAAGAAUUUGCCUUCAGCUUGCACGUCUGUAAUGGAGCCAAGUCUGUGCUUUUUCCCGCAAAAUAUCAUUCCAUACGUUCAAACUCCACUUUUCAUAAUCAAUUCAAUUUAUGACUCCUGGCAGAUUAAUAACACUUUGGUUCCUCGAUACCUCGAUCCUGAACUUGUGUGGGAUCAUUGCAAGGCUCACUUAAGUAACUGCACACUUAGCCAACAUUUAAUUAUUCAAGAUUUUGGAGUAGAGUUCUUGAAGGCAUUCAACGGACUAACCCCUUCUUUUACGAGGGGUUAUUUCCUCACAUCUUGCCAUACUCAUCUUGGAAUUCUACAGACGGGUUUUUGGUUCAGUCCUACCUCUCCAAGAUUACUUCAUAAGACAAUUGGUGAAGCUGUUGCGGAUUGGUACUUUGAAAGAGCAGGGUUUCAAUACAUAGACCCAUACCCUUGUGCUAGAGAUUGCAAGGUAUAGUUAAGUUGGUGAACUUCCACAAUAAAUGGGCUUGCAGAUGUUGUACGUGCUGCUUAUUUUGUGGUACGUAGCUAUUGAGGAGUACCUCACCAUUGGAGUAAGAUGGUUUUUUCUAUGAAACUAUAUAUAAUUGGAAAUAAAUAAGAGAAGCAAACCAAUA